AUGUUCACAAGUACAGCCAAAAAUCGGUUAUCCAGAUGUGCUAUGCCUGACAUUCCACAUUUAGACAUUCGGGAUACAUCAAUUCUUCAUCCUGAAGAAUUGAAUAUUCCUCAAGAACUAAAUAAUGAAGACUUUUUUUUCCCAACAGGUACAGAGGAACAGCCCCAAAGAGAAAUUGAUGAAAAUGUGUUUGUUACUCAGGUUUGCUUACCCUCCGACAAAGAACCUUUAAGUAGUAUUACAGCCACUUUAACUGAUGAUAUAAGUAUAACUAAUUUCUUAAAAGAAAAUAGUUUUGCUUAUGUCUGCGGUUGGUUGUACAGACAAUGCUACGAGAAGCAUACUUGUGAAGUUCCAUUGCCAACUUUAGCUAGUUCAGAAUCUUCAAUUAGCAAUAUGCCUAGAAGAAGAAGGUCGCAGCUAUCUAAGAAUAGUUCCCAAGCGAGAUUAGUAAAAGUUCGUCGUAUUGGAGAGUCUUCUUCUGAAAAUGCAGAUCGUCUGGAAAUUAUGAGAGUGUACGCUUCCCAAUCGCGAGCCAGAGAAUUAAGCGUCGAACGUUCAAUUCGUCUUGCAGAACAAAAUGCAAGAUACGAACGACAGUCAAGUGCUGAGCGCUCUCAGCGACUUGAAGAAAAUAGAGCUAGGAACUCGCGAACGCGUGCACGGGAAUCUAGCACUGAACGCUCGCAGUGGCUUUUGACACAGCGAGAUAGACAACUGUCGUUAAGAGCUAGGACGCGCAAUAGAAUUUUAGCGCAUAGUAAUAGGUCGGCAUUUAGUUACGAUCCUCAAAUUGAAUAUGCUCAUCAAAACAGCAUCCAAAUCGGAGCAAUGAAUAAGAUGUGUCCGAUAUGUUUCGCUAAAAAAUGGGCUGAGGAAGCGAAAGGUAUGUGCUGUGCAUCUGGAAAGGUUGUUCUCCCUAACAUUGAUGAGCCACCAGAACCAAUUAAAAGUCUUUUGACAAAUAAUCAUAUACUAUCCGCGCAUUUUUUGAAUAACGUACGUAGAUACAAUAGCCUUUUUCAAAUGACUUCCUUUGGGGCAAAAGAAAUUAAGGAGGGUCAUUUUAUGCCUACCUUUAAGGUGGAAGGACAAGUUUAUCAUCUCAUAGGUAGCCUUUUACCGCCAUCAGGACAAAUUCCCCAAUUUUUGCAGAUAUAUUUUAUUUCCGAUGCUGAUCAACUAUCAUUGCGAUCAAACACGGCUCCCAUGCUAAAACUAAAUUUGAUAAACGAAUUGCAGACCAUGUUGAAUAGCCACAAUGUUUACAUACGAAGUUUUAAACAUAGUAUUGAACUCAAUACCCCCGACAGUUUGAAAUUGAUCAUUUACUCUGAUCGCACACCCCAUACAGAACACAGAGGAAGAUAUAACGCCCCUUCAAUAAAUGAAGUGGCCGUUCUCUUGGUCGAUGAAGACAAAGGACCCAGGGAUAUAGUACUGCACGGUAGAGACGGACAACUAAAACGAGUGUCGAAAUUACAUCGAGCAUAUGAUCCGCUACAAUAUCCGUUGAUGUUUGCAUCAGGAGACGAUGGAUAUUAUUUAACUAUUCCUCAGCAGAAUUCCUCAAGAAAUAAGACUGUGUCAUGUAUGCAAUAUUAUGCAUACCGUUUAAUGAUUAGGGCCAACUGUUUUAAUGCACUCCAUUAUUACAAAGAUUUGUUUAAUCAAUAUUGUGUAUAUAUGAUGGCGAAGAUGAUUUCCGAAAGGUUAAAUUUUGUUUACCGAAACCAACAAAAGCUUAGAGCGGAUGACUAUAUUCAUUUAAGGGAUGCUUUAAACCAAGAUGCAAGGGUAAUUGCAGCUAAUAUCGGACAGCAUGUCAUCUUGCCGUCAUCAUUUACUGGGUCUCCAAGGUAUCUCCACGAAAAGACACAAGAUGCAAUGACAUACGUGCGCAAUUAUGGAAGGCCGGAUCUUUUCAUAACUUUCACCUGUAAUCCAGAUUGGCAAGAAAUAAAACAGGAACUUUUUCCCGGUCAACGGUCUUUCGACCGGCAUGACAUCAUAGCUCGAGUGUUUCACUUAAAAAUGAAGAAAAUGAUAAAAAUAUUAACAAAAGACGCGAUUUUUGGGCCGGUUAAAUGUUAUAUGCUUACUGUUGAGUGGCAAAAAAGAGGAUUGCCGCAUUGUCAUAUGUUGCUUUGGUUGAACUCAAAAGUACAACCCGAUGAAAUUGAUAAAAUAAUAGUUGCCGAACUACCUAAUAAAGACGAAGACCCAGUAUUAUUUGAGAUAGUCACAAAGAAUAUGGUACAUGGACCAUGUGGACAAGAAAAUUUGACUUCUCCGUGCAUGAAAAAUGGGAUAUGUACAAAAAAAUAUCCACGACGUUUCGUGACUGAAACCCAGACCGGUGAGGAUGGGUACCCCGUUUAUCGACGACGCGAUAUCGACAACGGAGGGCAGAUUGCUGCAUUGAAUGUCCGAGGGCGUACGGUUAAUAUAGACAACAGAUGGAUCGUUCCAUAUUCCCCAAUACUAUGUCGAUCUUUUAAUGCUCAUAUUAAUGUUGAAUAUUGUCAUUCCGUACAAGCCAUAAAAUACAUAUGUAAAUACAUUAACAAAGGAUCGGAUCAAGCAACUUUCAGUGUCAGAAAUGCUCACGAUGAAGUUGAAAAUUAUUUGAACGGCCGGUACAUAAGUACAUCUGAAGCAGUGUGGAGGAUAUUAGAGUUUCCUAUACAUGACAGACACCCUACCGUAGUACACCUAGCAGUACACCUAGAGAAUGGACAACGAGUGUACUUCUCAGCGGAAAAUAUGCAAAAUAUAGCGCAAAAUGCACCAAAAACGACACUUACGGCGUUUUUUGACCUAUGCCACAUUGAUGGUUUUGCUAAAACACUACUCUAUCACGAAGUUCCUCAUUAUUAUACAUGGGCUAACAAUAAAUUUUCUAGAAGGAAACGUGGCCAAGAAGUAGUUGGACAUCCCGGUAUAAAAAAAGAUGCGGCACUGGGAAGAGUAUACAGCGUUCAUCCUUCCCAGUCAGAGUGUUUUUAUCUCAGGAUACUGCUUCAUCAUGUACGUGGCCCAACAUCGUUCCAAGAUUUAAAAACCGUUGACGGAGUUGUUAAAGAAACUUACCAAGCCGCUUGCCGAGAAAGGGGUUUGCUAGAAGAUGAUAACCAAUGGGAAACUACUUUGAGAGAAGCUUCGAUUUCUCAAUGUCCGUUAAGGCUGAGAGAGUUGUUUGUGGUAAUAUUAUUAUUUUGUUUUCCCUCGGAACCUCUCAAAUUAUGGGACACGUUUAAAGAUGAUUUGUGUGAAGACAUCAGUCAUAUAGCCCAAGAACAAGGUUCCGAUUAUGAUGUAUAUAACAAAGGUUUGAUACAAAUCGAAAACAAACUUUUAGAAUUAAAUGACAAAAGUUUAAGAGACUUUGGAUUACCUUCUCCGAAUCGCUCACAAAAUGUAGUUGAUGCCAUACCGUGCCGUAUAUAUGAUGUUAACGAGUUGUCAGAAUUUGUCAAUUCAAAUGUACCCAAGUUAGUGGCAGAUCAAAAAAUAGCGUACGAUGCUAUAAUUGAAAGUGUGGAAAAUAACAGUGGUCAACUUUUUUUUUUGGACGCGUCCGGUGGCACGGGUAAAACCUUUCUUGCCAAUUUAGUAUUGUCAAAAGUACGAUUAUCCGGAAGAAAAGCACUGGCUGUGGCAUCGUCAGGAAUUGCUGCAACCCUAUUAUAUGAUGGGAAAACGGCUCACUCUACGUUUAAAUUACCGUUGACUGUUUCUUUAGAUCAACAGUCUGUAUGUUCAAUCCGUAAAAAUGGUCCACUGGGAAAGCUCUUACAGGACACGUCGCUGAUUAUUUGGGAUGAGUGCACCAUGAGCCAUAGAGCUCAUGUAGAAGCAGUGGACCGCACAUUAAAAGAUAUAAGAAACUCAUGCAAAAUGAUGGGUGGCGUUACUUUUGUUUUCGCUGGAGACUUUCGCCAAACUCUACCAGUUGUAACAAAAGGUACACGUGCCGACGUUAUUAAAGCGUGCCUUAAAUCAUCACCUUUGUGGCUAUCAAUUAAAACUCUCAAUUUGCGCACGAAUAUGAGAGCACAUUUAUGCAAUAACCGCGGUGGUAAUUUCUCAGAAAAUAUACUUAAAUUAGGAGACGGAAAAUUUACUACUCCAAUUGCAAACAGCUCCCAAGUACUUUUGGAUAUUGGAUUGGCCCAAACUGUUCACAGUCUAGAAAUUCUUAUAGACAAAAUCUAUCCCGACAUCAACAAUCUUACAGAUUUUUCCGAGGAUUAA